AUGUUUCCCAAAGCUGUUGUAUGUAACGAUGUAAAACAUAAUGCAGUGAAGGAUAAUGUUAAACCAGUUGAAGUGAAGCAUGAUGUUAAACCAGAAGAAGUAAAGGAUGAUGUUAAACCGAUUGUUGUCGAGAUAGAUGUUAGUCAACGUUUCAUAAAUAGACAUCUGUUUACUGCUCGCGAACAUAUGCUUCAAUGGAUCCGCAUGGUGGGCAGGAAAUUGGGGUUUGGUAUUGUAAUUGGAAGGUCCGACAAUGGUUCAAAUAGAAGACAAACAUUUGUAACCAUGAGAUGUGAGCAAAGUGGCAUGUAUGUUCCCCAGAUUCGGAAGUCAAAACGUGAAGACACCAGAAAGAGAAAAUGUGGUUGUCGAUUUAAAAUGCGUGAAUAUUGUAACGUGGAUGAGAUGUGGAAAUUUAAUGUAAUUUCUGGAACACAUAACCAUGCCUAUAAAACAAAGCUAGUCGGUCAUCCCAUCGUAUGUCGUCUUAAACUGGAGGAGAAGAAAAAUGUUUCGAACAUGUCUCUAAUCAGAGUGGCGCCGGAAAAAUACUUGCAGAUUUGA